AUGUCCUUCUUGCUCCGCUUAUUCAAACAGUCCAAAGAGGAGGACUACGAAACCAUCCUUUCCACUCUUUCACGCGACGUUCAAUCUCGCCAGCAGAAGCUCGCCGAUAUCCGCUUACGAGAACGCCGCUCGACCCUUUGCUCGACUCUAUAUACCGCCGCAGCGUAUGUCGUCUACGUUUGCCUGUGGUAUUUCCAGGCCCUUACGCUCCCGCGCGGGGUAGCCCUAGCACCAGUCGUCGUCGGUCCAUUGAUAGUGCUCUUUAUCCGGCGGAUAGUCCAGCUUUGGUAUUCGCGAAAGGAAGCGAACGAAGAGAAGACGCUGCAGCAUCUCCUCAAGCAGCAACGGACCAAAGUGGAGGAGAUAAAGAAAAAGACAAACUACUACUCUACGCGCGAUCUCCUCUCAAAGUACGAUGAAGCGACGCCACUCAACACACCGCAACCUCCCCAGGGCCUUCGCCAGAGAUUCAAUCCCACUUCGGGCCAGCCCCCCAUGACACCCAAUAACGCUCGAAUCGCAACACCUCCUCGCCCCAUCACUUCAGGACCGAAUGGGAGAAAUCCUGGCCCUCCGGCGCUGAUCCACCCUGCCUUGAAUACCCUCUCUCCCCCGCCGUUCCUCGCCACACCCACGCGCAAGCAGUGGUACGACAAGCUCGCGGACGCCCUGCUUGGCGCAGACGACCAGGCGCCGCCCUCGUCUCGCUACGCCCUCAUCUGCGAGAAGUGCUUCAAGCACAACGGCCUCCUGCCCGAGGCGAUGUGGGAAGACGCCCAGUUCCGGUGCAUCAAGUGCGAUCAUCUGAACGCGUCCGUGCGCUCGAAACGCGAGGCUAGACGAUCGAUGUCGCCUGGCGCUGCCUCGACGGAUGGAUCUGUGUCUGCGCCGAGGACGCCUUCGCCGAUGCGGAAUACGGCUGGACGCGCGCCUUCGUCUGCGGCGUCGUCGCCCGCUGCAUCUCCGCCGCGGAGCAUAACAGAUGUGUCUCAGGGUAUCGCGGACAGGAUGGACGAGGACUAG